AUAACGGGGGCUUCUAUCUUUCUUUCACAAGGCCAAGUAAGGCGCUGUAGUUUCAUACGCCGUAUAAGUAAACGGAACUCGUCCUCGCGAAGUGCACGUCUAGUUGACUCGCGAAUGCGCCUGCGUCGGUGCUUCCGUGAUUUUUUUUUCGCCGGUACUGACAGAAAAAAAAAACGUUCACUCAGUUCGUCGGCGAGACCCGGAGACAGCUCGUCCCUCCCCGACAGCGGCUCACAAUAUUCAAGGAUGCGGCCCGCUGUUCUUCUCGUGGCCGUGUCUCUGUGCUGGCCAACCAGCCUCGGCCUCUACGUCGACAAGUCGACGGGCGCCUACGAAGACAUCGUAGUCGCCAUCCACCCGUCCGUGGAGCCCGACGAGCGGAUCAUCGACAACAUCAAGGCCCUGUUCCGCUCUGCUUCGACGUUCCUCCACCGGGCCACGCGCGGCCUGGUGCACUUCGGCAGCGUGACCAUCGCCGUCCCGGACACCUGGCCCGCUAGGCGGCAAGCGAAGAGCACCGCCGCCAGCCUGUUCCCGAUGGCCGACGUGAGAGUGGCCGCGGCGAACCCGCAGUACGGCGACACUCCGUACACGCUGCAGCCCCGAGGGUGCGGUGAGCGCGGAGAGUACGUCCACCUGACGCCGCGCUUCCUGGGCGAGAUGAACGACUCCAUCGCCGAGGCUUACGGCAGUCCAGCCUACUUGCUGGUGCACGAAUGGGCUCACUUCCGGUACGGCGUCUUUGACGAGUACGGCGACCCCGAGAGCUUCCGGUACCCGAGCCUCUACUGCGAGUUCGGCAUGGUUCGUGCCAGCGCGUGCCCCGCCCGGGUCAAGUUCACGGCGUCUACCGAGACGGGUGAGCCCUGUCGCAUCUACAAGGGAUGCCGCGUCUCCACCAAGUGCAAGGCGCACUUCCAGCAGAGCAGCGAGGACCCCGUGACGUCAUCCAUCAUGUUCAUGCCGUACCUUGAGGGCGUGACGGACUUCUGCGAGAGCGACAACAAGACUCACAACAUCUUCGCACCCAACAAGCACAACCACCUUUGUGAACGCAAGUCAACGUGGGAAGUUAUCAGCGCCAACGAGGAUUUCAAGCAGUUGGUCCCGACGAAACCCGACAGGGCCUUCGAGGUGAAGUUCACGGAAGUGCAGAAGCGGGAACGCGCACUGGGCAGAGUGAUCUUCGCGUUGGACGUCUCGAGCAGCAUGACGACCAGUGACCGGAUCGUGUACCUCAAGGCAGCGGCGAGCCAGUUCAUCCAGGCGCUCUUACUGGACGGGAUGGAAGUGGGAAUCGUUCAGUUUAACGAAACCGCCUCGGUGGUGUCUGCGCUGACCUCCGUGGCAGAGACGUCGAGAGAGGAGCUCGUCGAGGAAGUGCUGAAGCUAAAAGCGGGUGGCAACACCUGUAUCGGAUGCUCCCUGCAGAAGUCCCUCAAGAUGUUCGAGGAAAACAACCAGUCCGCGGCUGGCUCCGUCAUCAUCCUCAUGACCGACGGGAAAGAGAACCGGCAUCCGAAUAUAUCGGCCGUCGUCGACGAGCUGGUAGCCGCUCAGGUGGUGGUCAACACGAUCGCCUUCGGCACGGAGGCCGAGCGGAAGCUCGAGGAGCUGGCCCUGCGAACGGGAGGCAAGCCGUUCGCUGUCCACGACGGUCAGGCCAAUCUGGCCGUCGCCCUCGAGUCGGCUUUCCUGGACUCGGCCUUCGCCCUGCUGGACGACGCCAAGAGGCCAGUCGUUAUUUUCGAGCAAGCGGCGACAGUGCUGGACAAGCGGCAGUUCUCGAUUCUCAUCGACGCGGACCUCGGAAACGAGACGACGAUCGCCGUGCAUUGCAAAGGUGCGGCCACGUUCACGGCAGAGCUACGCUAUCCUGAUGGCGAGGCGUGCAAAGAUUGCCAGAGGUCCGUCGUCGCAGUGAAGGACUAUGAGACGUUCAAGAUACCAAGCGUGGCCACGCCGGGCACCUGGACCCUGGCGGUGUCCUGCGACCCGAGCCCGUGCGACGUCCACGUCCGGGCCACGUCGCUGGCCCGCGAUGCGGCCCGGCAGCCCGUGCUGGCUCGCGCCUUCCUCAAGCGCACCGAGGUGACCAGCGCGGCGGAGGCAGCCAUCUACGCCGAGGUCACCAAGGGCGCGAACGUCGUGCUGCACGCCAAGGUCACGGCCACCGUCGUCCAACCGCGGGGACGCGACCGGAUUGAAGUGGACCUCUUCGACAACGGCCUCGGCGCCGACGUGACGGCCAACGACGGAAUCUACAGCGCUUACUUCACUCAGUUCGAGGGCGCCGGUCGAUACUCCGUGUCGGCUCGCAUCAUCGGUGGCAACGACUCCGUCAUCGUCAAGGGGCGCCAGGCCUCGGGAGGGCUGCCCGCGUCACAACCGUCAGCGCCGUCUAGCGGUGGAUCGACGCAACCGGCCGACGUCCAGGUCGGCGGGAUUCCCCUAAGUGAUUUCGUGUACGUGGACCAGGACAUCGAGCAGGCCGAACCUCGGGUCCUGCUCGGCGAAAAGACGCCCGAGUUUGUUCGCUACGCCGAAGGGGGCUCUUUCCGGCUCGCCAAGGCGAUUGACGGGUCGAGUCUACCACCCGGCUCCAUUCAGGACCUGAAAGUUGAGGACGCCUUCGUGGACGACAACGGCACGCACGUGGUCCUCUUGUCCUGGACCUGCCCCGGAGGCCACAUGGAUUCCGGCAACGCUUCGACAGUCGAGCUUAAGGGAAGCACGUCCCUGACCGCGCUCCUCGGGGACUUCGAUUCGGCGCCGGAGGUCCGGGACGAGACGGCCGAGGGCGGGAACGUAACGUCGGGCCCCGUCGGCUCCAGGCAGCGACUGCGGUUCUCCGUCCCCGACGAGCUGCUCUCGGUCGCCAAGAACGAGUCGCUCCGGGGCUUCUACUUCGCGGCGAGGGUGUGGAACGACGCGGGUCUACGUUCGUCGGUGUCCAACGUCGCCGCGGUCACGUUCGAGCGACCUCCGCCGCCGUCCCAGGCGUCGUCGGUGAAAGGGACGCCUUGGUGGGUCGUCGUCGUGAUCGUCCUGGCCGCGGUGUUCGUCGUGGCCACGGUGGCGGCGGUGGCGGUCAAGGUCGUCGAUCAUCGCAGCAAGAGCAGAGGCGUCACUUUCGUCGUGACGUAGCGCGGUCGCGCCGUGCUUCCGUUUUAUUUAUUGAUUAAAAUAAUGCCCUAUGAA